UAUUCUUCCUAUUCAGUUUUAUUUUACAUAUCUGUCAGUUUUAUAUGCAUAUCAAGGCUUUACACAAGCUAAACACAAAACAUUGUGGUGGCAGCAUCAUGCUGUGGGGAUGAAAAAUGGCUGAUUUAAACUACACAAAAUUCUUUAAAUUAAAAAUUUAAAAAAUUGUUUAUUGUAAUAUGUUUUUACUUUCGCAACAAUAUUUUAUGAGAUCUGUGUGUCAUUAAAGAUCCAAAACAUAAAAACCUUAUUAAAAGAAAAACACAAUUUCCACAUUUAUUGGGUCAUCAAUUGUUUUCUAUUUUGUUGGCCAAAUUUUUACCAUCCUUGACUCGUGGUCAUGGGCCAAACAAAAUCAUUUCAAGGGCCACAAAUGGCCCCCGGGCCACACUUUGAACACCAAUGGAAUGGUUUAGAUCAAAGUGACUAACAGCUCAUCCAAUCUGACCGAAUAUUUCAGCCUUCAGAUAGAAGAUUAGUCUAUAAAUUUUGAGACAGAAUACAAAUGCACUCCGCACUUCUUAGUUCAUUUUUUAAAUUGAAAAACAUGUAAUAUAUCACAGUUAUGCUACAGUUUGUGACAAAAACAAUAAAACAGGUGAUAUGAGUGGUUUUGCAAGGGAAAGUUGAAUAAAUGAGGAAAGCUUCAUGUUUCUGUUGCUCACCUACAGCUGUGGCUCCAUUGUUGUGGUUCGGACGCCGUCCUUCCAGAUAAGCCAGCGAAUUAACCGUGACACAGUUUCUUCUUCACUCCUUUACUGCAGCAGUCGCUCUUUCCUCCAUCCACAUUUCCUCCAUUUUUAUAGUUUCUCCACCAGAAGGAGGUGUAGCUGCCAGCUGAAAUGGGAGAAUGGGACCUACUGGGCCGGCUGCUGGAGAAAGUGCAGAGCCACUCCACCGUGAUCGGGAAGGUCUGGCUCACCGUUCUGUUUAUUUUCCGGAUCAUGGUCCUGCAAACCGCCGCUGAAAAGGUUUGGGGCGACGAACAGUCCGACUUCAUCUGUAACACUCAGCAGCCGGGAUGCGAGAACGUCUGCUACGACGUCGCCUUCCCCAUCUCUCACGUCCGCUUCUGGGUCCUUCAGAUCAUCGCCUUGGCAACCCCAAAGCUGCUGUACCUCGGCCAUGUCCUCCACGUGAUUCACAUUGAAAAGAAGACGAAGGAAAGGAUGGAGAACCAGGCAGAGCUGGACGACAAAGUGAGUCUCUUCCUCAGGAGGACCUUCAAGGUUCCCAAGUACACAAAAAGCAGUGGGAAGAUCAGCAUCCGCGGUCGCCUCCUCCGCAGUUAUGUCCUGCAUCUCAUUGCCACAAUUGUUCUGGAGGCCGUGUUCAUUGUGGGUCAGUACCUACUGUAUGGCUUCACCCUGAAGCCCCAGUACGUGUGCUCCCGCUCCCCAUGCCCUCACAAGGUGGACUGCUUCCUGUCCCGACCMACGGAGAAGUCCGUCAUCAUCUGGUUCAUGCUGGUGGCGGCCGUCGUCUCGCUCGCCCUCAGCGUCGCCGAGCUGCUCUACCUGUUCGUGAAGGCGGUGAAGGAAUGCGCGGCCAGGCGGCAGGACUACACCGUCACCCCGGUGACGCCCCCGAGGUCGAAGAAGAAAGCUUUUCAGAAGCACGCCGAGGUGAUCCAGAAUUGUGUCAACCUGGAUUUGGAGCUGCAGGGGAGGAAGUCAGGGAUGAACGGGAUGGUAGGCGCCGUAGACGUGGUGACGGAGAGCAGCAUUGGGGAAAUCCACAUCUGAGUCACAAAUCUGUGUUUUGUUCGCAUUGGCAGAAAGGGAAGUCAGGGUGAAGUAAAUAAAGUGGGGAUAAGAUCACCAUCUUCUGUUCACAGAACAAAGUUCCACAGAAUUAGUUAAAUUAGUAAAAAUGAAACUAAAAGCUUCAUUAUUUUAAAGGGGACCUAUUAUGCUUGCUUGAACAAGUUGGAAUGGAUGUCUGGGCUGUACCAAACAUGUCUGUUUACAUACACAAAUUAUUCUUAGAUAGUAACAUUUUAGCUUAGUCCCUUCUGCCUAUUUUCAGCUCCUUUCAGAAUGAGCUGUUUUAGGGCUCUGUCUCUUUAAAUCCAGACAAGCUGCUCCUGGCCACGCCCCCAUCUCAACGUUUACACUCGAAACGGGAAAACGGCUGCAAACAGAGGCGCAGCAAUACAACCGUACAUCUUCAAACCCGAGUCCAAACUUGUCUUUUACAAACAUGCUGGAGUUCUACUUGGUCGCUAGGUAACAGGGCUGGGCUCAGCUGGGGUUGCUAGGUAACGACGAAGCGACUCGAGGUUGUGAUUUAAUAAUUGGAAAGUUUUUGAAACGGCUCAUUUUCCAUACACCAAAAAAACGUAUUGCCAGAAAAUGUCUGUGUUAUUUUCUUUUAAAGAACUUUGGCUGUUUUUAGAAGCAGUAGAGACAAAAACGGAAGUUAAUUUUUCAUAAUAGGUCCCUUUUAAUACAAAGAUCGUUUUUGUGGAUAUUAGAAGUCUGCAAUUUUACAAUACAUAGUUUAAAAAAUAUAUUUUUAGGAUUGCAUCUAUUGUUUCUUAACUAGAUUGAAAUAAUUGUAUAUUUAUAUUUUACAUUUGAGAUAAAAACACCUUUUUCUGUCAAAAUGUUUUACCCUAAACUCAUCACAUGGUCUAGUUUUAGCUUCACCUUUAGGUUCAAAUUCAUUAAAGAAAAGAUAUAUUGUUGCAUUUUAGGUAACAAAAUGUUUAUUUUAUUAUUUUAAAAGGGAUCUGAACUGUAUAUAUUUGCAUCUUUAAAUGUAUUCCUAAUAUUGUAUGAAAAAAGCUUAAGAGCUACAUUACAUUAUAAAUUUGUAAAAUGUGCCAAUUUCUCUUAUCCGAUUAAUUGAUUACCAACAUAACUGUUACUUGCAGGCCUAGCUAUACAGUAUGAAAAUAUUGUUUGUUUUCUGAAAGGUGAACUUUUGUUGAAUAUUUUAGAUGUUUGCCUUUCAAUCGGUUUGUCUUUUUCUUAAAACUUUCGUCUGUGGUGAGUUAAAGUUGCUUCUGGGUUUCUCAGUUUCCGGUUGUGAUGAAAACCUGUACAUUUUUAAUCUGGUUGUGUGUCGUUUCUGUUCUGUUUCCCCAGUAAUGUUUAUACCUCAUCACCGCCCAUUAGUCAUCCCUCGCCCUGCAGUCAUGCGGUUCCUCUCUUCAUCCUGGGUCAGCAGUUUUUCUUUGCCAGUCAGUUUGGGCACACAGUUCUGGAUUCUGCUGCAUUUAUAGUUGCUUAAAUAAACACUUUUACUUCUCUAAUC